AUGGAGGACGGGAGGAUCCAGACGACGCCGGAUCUGCCGCAGGACAUCUUGAUGGACAUCUUCACCACGUUCGAAAUCCCCGACCUGGUGCGUGCCGGCUCCGUGUGCGCCUCCUGGCGCUCCGCCUACCAAACCCUGCGCAACCACGGGCUGUACAAGCACUCCCAGACGCCAUGUCUGUUCUACACCUCUGAGUCCGACGCCGAGAACACCGCGCGUCUCUACAGCCUCGUGGAGAAGAAGGUGUACAGGCUAGCUCUCCCGGACCCGCCUAUCCGCACCAGAACUCUGAUUGGCUCCUCCCCUCAGGGCUUGCUGGUUACGGUCGAUGACAAGUCCGAGAUGCACCUUCUCAAUCCCAUCACCGGUCAACAGAUUGCCCUGCCGUCGGUGAUCACCAUCAAGCAGGUGAAACCCAUAUACGAUGGCUCUGGCGUCCUCCGCAUGUAUAGAUACUCAAAUCAUGUUCUCGAGCCGCCAUCAGACCGUCCUCUUAGCGAGCUGCGGCACCAACUCCAUCACAAGGCUUUUGUGUUUUCUCUUUCUGAUGAUGCAUCAUCCUCACAAGGAGGAGGAGGAGGAGGAGGAGAAGGAUACAUUGUGGUGCUAAUUCACAACCCGUCUUGCCAGCUCUCCGUUGCAAGGGUAGGGGCUGACAGCUGGACCUGGUUGCCAAUGCCACCUCACACAUCCUAUGCCGACUGCAUGUAUAAGGACGGCGUCAUGUAUGCAGUGACUUUCAAGGGACAAAUCCAUGGCUUCCAUCUUACAAGCCAUGCACCUGUGGCCACCAUGAAGAUGAUUAUGGAGGAACCAAUGACUUUAAGAUAUCUUAGUACGUAUAUCAUACAAGCUCCAUGCGGUGACCUUCUGCAGGUUUGGAGAAAAUUUAACUAUUAUGAUUUAGAAUCUACGCCCAAUACAACUGUGUUUUGGAUUACCCGCAAAAUUAGAGUAUAUAAAGUUGAUGCCGCAAUGAACGUACUCGAGCCAACCAGUUGCUUGCACGGCCAUGCCUUGUUUCUUGGGCAUAAUCAGUCACUUUGUCUUAGUACUGAAGAAUACCCAGCUCUCAAGGCGAACCAUGCCUACUUUACUGACGAUAACAAAAUUUGGACAAUGGGACUUCAGAAUAAGCGCCGUGAUCUGGGAAUCCUCAACUUGGAUAAUAACAGCAGGGAGGAACUUGUGUCUCCUCAGCUUUGGUCCAACUGUCCGGCCCCCAUAUGGAUUACACCAAAUCUCACAGAGAUAAGUUUUCCUUUAGAUAAUUAG